AUGUCGUCAGUUGAAGGGUUGCUUUCCCCGGUAGACGCAAAGGUCCCCAGCGAUAUGGUCAGCAGAAGCCAGAGCACACCCGUUGUGGUCGCCGGUCCGUCGGUCCCGACCGAGAAGAAGAGCGACUAUAAGGGGUUUGUAGCGGGGGUGUUUUCGGGAAUUGCAAAGUUGAGUGUUGGGCAUCCUUUCGAUACGGUAAAGGUGCGAUUACAAACGAGCAAAGAAGGGCAUUUCAAGGGGCCGCUGGACUGUGUACUACAGACGGUACGGAAGGAGGGUGUGAGUGGACUGUACAAGGGAGCCACGCCGCCGCUGGUCGGUUGGAUGGUUAUGGACUCUGUCAUGCUCGGUUCCCUGACGCUGUACCGACGACUACUGCUCGAGAAUGUCUUUUCGAAACCAGCCAUUCGGUCUCUCACGCCGUUUGCGAGCUAUCAGCCUGACCCCAAGACGCUUCCUAGCUUCGGACAUGGGAUAGCUGGUAUCCUUGCCGGUACGACUGUCAGUUUCAUAGCAGCUCCAGUGGAGCACAUCAAGGCGCGGCUGCAGAUUCAGUAUGCGGCGGAUAAGUCGAAGCGAAUGUACAGCGGGCCGAUCGAUUGCUUAAAAAAGCUUCUGCGCACUCACGGUAUCGCAGGGUUAUACCGCGGCCUCUGCGCGACAAUCCUCUUCCGAUCGUUUUUCUUCUUCUGGUGGGGUUCCUACGACGUCCUGACACGAUGGAUGAAAAACAACACCGCGAUGUCGGCGCCAGUAAUCAAUUUCUGGGCCGGUGGCAUAUCGGCACAGAUCUUCUGGUUGACCUCGUACCCGUCCGAUGUGGUUAAGCAGCGAUUGAUGACGGACCCGAUGGGCGGUGCGCUGGGUGAUGGGGAAAGAAAACUCCGCCGGUGGAAAGAUGCUGCGAGGGCGGUAUAUCAGGAGCGAGGGUGGAGAGGGUACUGGAGGGGGUUUGUGCCCUGUUUCUUACGAGCAUUCCCGGCGAAUGCGAUGGCCUUGGUUGCAUUUGAGGGCGUGAUGCGGUCGCUGCCGUGA